CCAUUGUACAGUUCAAGGUUCUGCAGCAGUGCCUUCACAUACAACGUGUAACAGAGGAAGAACACAGAGGAUUAGAAGAGAAGACAAGACCACAGCUUUGUCCACCACCACAGACAGGAACCAGGAAGCUUUCAAUUAAUCCAUCACAGGUUGGCACUUAGAAAACCUUAUAUUGAUCAAACGGGCUGUGAGUCUGGUCAACUUCCCACACACUUGAGCACAGGAUUUGUUUUUAUAUGAAGUCUCACAGAAGACAGAUUCUGUGAGACAGGAAUAACUAAGGAGAAGAUGGAUUAAAGCUGGAGAAAAUGCAUGAGCUCUCCCUGCAACCAUGUGGUUCUACCUGGCUGUUCUGGUGGGGCUUUACUUCCUCCUCCGAUGGUACCGGGAGGGACAGACUGUGGAGAACCUCAGGGAGAAAUACAUCUUCAUCACCGGCUGUGACUCUGGAUUUGGGAAUAAGCUGGCCAAGCAGCUGGAUGCCGGGGGGCUGCGGGUAUUGGCAGCCUGUUACACCCAGAAAGGGGCAGAAGAACUGCAGCGGUUGACAUCCGACCGACUGAAAACCACCAUCUUGGACAUCAGCAAUACAGAGAGUGUUGUGGCGGCAACUGAGUGGGUGAAAGGAAUUGUGAAGAACAAAGGACUCUGGGGCUUGGUCAAUAAUGCUGGUAUAGGUAUACCUGUAGGACCCAAUGAAUGGCUGACCAAGGAUGACUUUGCCAAGGUGAUCAAUGUCAAUCUGCUUGGACUGAUUGAUGUGACGUUGCACAUGCUGCCCCUGGUGAGAGCAGCCAGAGGAAGGAUUGUCAAUGUGUCCAGUGUGAUGGGAAGAAUCACAGGCUUUGGAGGAGGUUACUGUCCUUCCAAGUAUGGUGUGGAAGCCUUCUCAGACUGCCUAAGGCGAGAGCUCCUUCCUUUUAGAGUCCGAGUCAGCAUUAUUGAGCCUGGGGCUUUCGCUAAUCCAAUUGCCAAUACAGUACAAGAAUACAUGAAGGGUACAUGGGACCGGUUACCUUCUGACAUCAAAGACACCUAUGGCUAUCAUUACUUCGAAUUCUAUUUUACAGCUUUGCAAGAUCUCAUUAAAAAUGCCAGCUCCAACCUCUACCUGGUCACUGACUGCAUGGAGCAUGCCCUGACAUCGCGGUAUCCACGCACACGCUACUCUGCAGGCUGGGAUGCAAAGCUCUUCUACAUUCCUCUGUCUUACAUGCCAACCUUUGUGAUAGACUAUGUGAUGGCCCGCUCAUCCCCAAAGCCAGCACAGGCAGUAUAGCUUUGAAUAUGGAUUUUCAUACUGUUAUAUUUAAUUCUGUUUAAUGUUUGCAUAUGCUGUCAUACUUUUAAUAUAAGCCGCUUUGAGUCUCCUUUGAAAGAGAUAAAGUGGGGUAUAAAUAAACAUAAUAAACAUAAUAAUGAUAAUAUAAUGAUUAUAAUUAUAAUAUAGAAAGAGUUUUGUGGUCAUAUUAGUAAGUCAACAAGCUAUGUGAAUAAGACUUGAUUCUGGUUGCAUUCUUCAGGGUCCUUCCAAGAUGUGGCCAGAAUCACUGUGUAUUUACCAGAAAAAAAUAAGUCAAAAACCUAAGCUUCUGUUCUAGACAGAACGCAGCAGUGUGUGUAUUAAUUGCUAGGGAAUAGAAGUGGGGAGAUGGCUGUGUUUGUUCCUCUCUUCACAAAGCUGAGAUUGAAAGCCCAUUGGGGAAAGAGAUAUGCCAUAUUUUAUUUUGCCAAAUCAUAAAUGCUAUGUGAUCAGUAAGAAAUGAUCCUGACUUUCCACUCUUGCUUUUGAGCCAUGGGAGCUGACUUGUUAAAAAAAAAGUCUGCGAAAUCGAGUUUGCAUGUUCAUGGUGCCAUUUAUGUUAAGUUAAUAUGAUUUCAGAAAUUAUGGUGGAAAGGUUGCAGCCGGCCAAAACCCUUUUGGGGCUGCAUGCGGCCCACGGGCUAUAUGUUGUGCAGGCCUGAUAUAGACUGAAUUAAAAUUACAAUGUCCAAGUUUUUUUUCUGGUUCCUUUCAAUAAUAUCUAGGAAAUAGUACAUGCUUCGUUCAUCCCAGAAAUUUUCUGAUACUUCCCAAUAUUAUCAGAUGCUUUUUACACCAGCUCUGGGUCUGUUUAUUUUUACACAAUAUAAAAUGUGACACAACUGGAAUAAAAUCAGAAUAUUUCAAUCUGUUUGAAUACACCUUUACUGCUGUCUUCCAGCUUCAUCAAUUAAAAAUAACCCUAAAACUGCUUCUACUUACCAUAACCUAUAAGUUAGGACUUUGGUUCCCAGCUUAUUGGUCAUGGAGCCCUUCAGAAGACAUUUGUUUUCUGUAGAACUCUAAUUAGUUUAGUGAAAAUAUAUAUUCUGGAUCAUUCUAUGCUAAUUCGGAUACAUUUCCCAAUUUCCUAUAUUACGUCUAGUUUUUGAGUAAAUUUUACUCUCGAUACGUUUUGAAUAAUAAUAUCACACUACUAUACCAAACUGUACAAGAAAGAAAAAAAUCAAAAAAUAAAUAUGAAAUCAAUGUGGAAAA